GACCAUCGUCGCCAGUCACACAUGGUCAUCCAUCAGACCAGCCAAACAGUCUCUCUCUCUCCUUCUUAGCUCUCUCUUUCUCUCUCUAGCGAUCACACUCCCAGAAACCUCGCGGAUCGGAUCUUUCUUCUAUGGAGGAAGCUCUCUAGUCUCACAAUUUUGACUGAUUUUGAAACGGUUAGGGUUUAUUCUCUCGGACUUGGGAACUGUGAUGGUGUUUUGCUCGGAAAUCGUUUGUUUUAGUGCCGACGGUGGGUGAGAGAAUUAGUUAAUUUAUAUUAGUUUCUCUCUCUCUCUCUGCUGCGGCGGUGGUGGAAUAUGGCUGCUUCACCUGCGAAGUUCUUCUUCGGGUUUCUAAUUGUUUCCAUCGUUUUGUGGAUGAUCUUCAUACUUUGUUCCAGGUUGUUUGCCUGGAUGCUUAGUAGAGUUCUAGGAGCAUCUGUUGUGUUCCGUAUUGGCGGUUGGAAAUGCCUUAAGGAUGUUGUGGUGAAGUUUAAGAAGGGUGCCAUUGAGUCGGUGUCUGCUAGUGAAAUUAAACUAAGCUUACGCCAGUCCUUGGUCAAACUUGGCGUUGGUUUUCUUUCUAGAGAUCCAAAAGUGCAAGUCUUGGUAUCUGAUCUUGAAGUUGUGAUGAGGUCCUCAACUUCAACGACAAAUUUACAGAAAGCUAAAAGUCAGAAAUCUCGAACUUCAGGCAGGGGAAAGUGGAUGGUGGUGGCUAAUGUUGCAAGGUUUCUUUCACUUUCUAUCGCAGAUAUGGUUGUGAAGACUCGAAAGGUGAUUGUGGAAGUCAAGGAGCUGAAGUUGGAUAUAAAUAAGGAUGGUGGGACAAAGCCAAAUCUAUAUGUUAAGCUAAAUGUUCUGCCAAUUCUGGUUCAUUUAUGUGAAUCACGCAUAAUUUCUGAUCAGUCAUCUAAUGUAAGCUUUGAAAGUUGUACUUCCCCCCAAGCAUCUUCGGCCUCUCCAGACAGAUCCUCUGCUGCUUUAUUUUGUGAUGAACUCUCUCUUUCUUCCGAGUUUGGACACGACAGGGCAGUAGGUAUUGUUGUACGAAAUGUGGAAGUUAUAUCUGGUGAUGUGAUUCUGAAUUUUGACGAGGAUUCAUUUCCCAAGAGCAAACAAUCAUCUGCUCCAGUUCAUUCAGAUGAAGUUAGAGCGUCAGCUACUGUUGCCUCAUUUGCCAAGAAACCCCAUAAAGAGAAUCAGCUGUUGGCAGCUCUUGCAAAGUAUUCUCCGUCGUUUCCUGAUAAGGUUUCCUUCAGUUUACCCAAACUGGAUGUCAGAUGUGUGAAUCGAGAACAUGAUCUUCUUGCUGAGAAUAACAUCACAGGAAUUCAUCUAAGAAGUGUUAAAUCAAAAUCUUUUGAAGACACAGGGGAGAGUACACGUCUUGAUGUUCAGAUGGAACUCAGUGAGAUUCAUUUUUUUAAGGAAGCUGAGGCAUCUAUUCUGGAGAUAAUGAAAGUUGAUGUGGUCUCUUUCAUCUACAUCCCAAUUCAGCCAGUUCUGCCUGUUAGAGCUGAAGUUGAUAUAAAGCUAGGAGGUACCCGAUGCAAUCUAUUCAUUUCUAGACUACAGCCAUGGUUGCGCCUUCAUUUCUUAAGAAAGAAAAAACUGGUGCUGCAAGAAAAAGCUCACACACUUGAGAAAACAAAAGCUGCUGAUAUGAAGGCCAUCAUGUGGACAGGCACAGUUUCAGCCCCGGAGAUGACGGUUAUGCUAUAUGGUAUUGAUGAUUCGCCUAUGUAUCAUUUUUGUUCGCAGUCUUCACAUGUGUUUGCAAAUAACAUCUCAAGUCUGGGCACAUCAGUUCAUGUUGAACUUGGUGAAUUGAAUCUGCAUUUGGCAGAUGAGUACCAAGAAUGCUUUAAAGAACACCUUUUCGGAAUAGAGCCAAACUCUGGUUCAUUGAUGCAUAUAGCAAAGAUUAGCUUGGAUUGGGGAAGGAGAGAUAGGACAUCAUCUGACGAGGUUGGUUUCAGAAGUAAAUUGCAAUCGUAUUAUCAGGCAUGCCAAGGUUUAGCUCCCUCAGAGGGUUCAGGUGCCUGUAGGGAAGGAUUCCAGGCAGGUUUUAAGCCAAGUGCUACUAGAACCUCUCUUCUUUCUGUUUGUGCCACAGAUUUUGAUUUAAGCUUGACGGCAGUUCAUGGUGGUGAUGCUGGUUUGAUAGAAGUCUUGAAGAAGCUUGAUCCUAUUUGUCAAGAAAACGAUAUACCCUUUUCACGCUUAUAUGGAAGCAAUGUCUACUUGAAUACUGGAUGCUUGGUUGUUCAGUUAAGGAAUUACACACUUCCUCUCCUCUCUGGCACUUCUGGCAAAUGUGAAGGUCGUAUAGUACUGGCUCAGCAGGCAACAUGUUUUCAGCCACAAAUUUCCCAAGACGUCUUUGUAGGAAGAUGGAGAAAAGUGCGAAUGUUCCGGUCAGCCAGUGGCACAACUCCACCGUUGAAGACUUACUCAGAUCUGCGUAUACACUUUGAACAAGGAGAAGUUUCCUUUGGGGUUGGAUAUGAACCAGCUUUUGCUGACAUUAGCUAUGCCUUCACAGUGGCUCUUCGUAGAGCUAAUCUGAGUCAUAGGAAUCCAGGUAUGGCACAGGUUGUCAAAAAAGAACGAAGCUUACCCUGGUGGGAUGACAUGAGAAACUACGUUCAUGGCAAUAUUACUUUGUCUUUUUCUGAAUCAAAUUGGUCUGUUCUUGCUACAACGGAUCCAUAUGAGAGUCUUGACAAACUUCAAAUUGUGACUGGUCCUAUUGAACUUCAGCAGUCAGAUGGUCGUGUAUUUGUCAAUGCUAAAGACUUUAAGAUAAAAUUGAGCAGUCUAGAGAGUUUGAUUAGUCGACAUUCCUUAAAAGUUCCAGUCGAUGCCUCUAAAGCUGCAUUUAUUGAAGCUCCAGAUUUUAAUCUUGAAGUUACAAUGGACUGGGAUUGUGAGUCUGGGAAUUCUUUGAAUCAUUAUCUAUAUGCAUUUCCAGCUGAAGGAAAGCCUCGUGAGAAGGUCUUUGAUCCCUUCAGAUCAACAUCACUCUCGCUUCGGUGGAAUUUCUCACUUAGACCCGAAAAAUUCCAUCAGUCUUCCUCAGGUACUGAGAACCCAACAGACGUUGGAACUGUCUACAUUUCGGAAGACAAGCCGGACAGCAUACCUCUUGCACCACCAGUUAUGAAUCUUGGAGCUCAUGAUUUGGCAUGGAUACUUAAGUUUUGGGGUAUGAAUUACUAUCCUCCACACAAGUUACGUUCUUUCUCCAGAUGGCCUAGGUUUGGAGUCGCAAGAGCUGCAAGGUCGGGAAAUUUAUCUAUGGAUAAGGUAAUGACGGAAUUUAUGCUCCGUGUAGAUGCCACUCCUUCCCUGAUAAAGUACAUGCCUUGGGAUUCUGAUGACCCUGCCAAAGGAUUGACCUUUAACAUGGCAAAGCUAAAAUACGAAUUAUGCUAUAGUCGCGGGAAGCAAAAGUAUACAUUUGAAUGCAAGCGGGAUGCACUUGACCUUGUAUAUCAGGGUCUGGACCUUCAUGUGCCUAAGGCUUUUAUUAACAAAGAUGAGCAUCCAUGCAUUCCAGGAAGUGUUCAGUUUUUGAGAAAAAGUACUCAGAAUGCUUUGAUAGACAGAGUACCCUCUGGGAAGGACCAUAAGAGGGAUGAGAAGCAUCGCGAUGAAGGGUUUUUAUUGUCUUCUGAUUAUUUUACAAUCAGAAGGCAGGCCCCAAAAGCAGAUCCUGAAAGACUGUUGGCAUGGCAAGAGGCUGGACGAAGAAAUCUUGAGAUGACGUAUGUGCGGUCUGAGUUUGAGAAUGGAAGUGAAAGUGAUGAACACAUACGAUCAGAUCCUAGUGAUGAUGACGGAUACAAUGUUGUCAUUGCUGACAAUUGUCAGCGGGUCUUUGUUUAUGGCCUCAAACUCUUGUGGACGAUAGAGAACAGGAAUGCUGUUUGGUCUUUUGUUGGUGGAAUUUCAAAAGCAUUUGAACCUCCUAAACCUUCUCCUUCUCGUCAGUAUACACAGAGGAAGCUUCAUGAAGAGAACCAAAAGGAUUCCUGUCCCGAAACGCAUCAAGGGGAAAUGUCGAGAUCUUCUGCAAGCCCUGGAAGAAAUCUCCCUUCUCAGCCUAUGGAGAUGGCUAAACCUCCUUCAUCACCGUCACACUCGUUGAAAAUAGAGAAAUCAGAUGACAGAGUUGGUAUAGUUGAGACCAUUGAAUCUGAGGAAGAAGGAACUCGUCACUUCAUGGUGAAUGUCAUUGAGCCACAGUUUAAUCUUCACUCAGAAGAUGCUAAUGGUCGCUUUCUGCUAGCUGCUGUCAGUGGUCGUGUUCUUGCACGAUCAUUUCAUUCCGUUAUGCGUGUUGGUGUGGAAGUGAUUGAGCAGGCUCUUGGCAGUGGAAGUGUCCAAAUUCCAGAUAGUAGUCCUGAAAUGACAUGGACACGGAUGGAAGUUUCUGUAAUGUUAGAGCAUGUGCAAGCCCAUGUUGCUCCUACUGAUGUUGAUCCAGGUGCUGGAUUGCAGUGGCUCCCGAAAAUUCGCAGAAACUCCCCAAAAGUGAAGCGUACUGGGGCUCUACUUGAAAGAGUUUUCAUGCCUUGUGACAUGUAUUUCCGGUAUACUAGACACAAAGGUAUAGUUGAGACCAUUGAAUCUGAGGAAGAAGGAACUCGUCACUUUAUGGUGAAUGUCAUUGAGCCACAGUUUAAUCUUCACUCAGAAGAUGCUAAUGGUCGCUUUCUGCUAGCUGCUGUCAGUGGUCGUGUUCUUGCACGUUCAUUUCAUUCCGUUAUGCGUGUUGGUGUGGAAGUGAUUGAGCAGGCUCUUGGCAGUGGAAGUGUCCAAAUUCCAGAUAGUAGUCCUGAAAUGACAUGGACACGGAUGGAAGUUUCUGUAAUGUUAGAGCAUGUGCAAGCCCAUGUUGCUCCUACUGAUGUUGAUCCAGGUGCUGGAUUGCAGUGGCUCCCGAAAAUUCGCAGAAACUCCCCAAAAGUGAAGCGUACUGGGGCUCUACUUGAAAGAGUUUUCAUGCCUUGUGACAUGUAUUUCCGGUAUACUAGACACAAAGGUGGAACCCCUGAUCUAAAGGUGAAACCACUAAAAGAGCUCACUUUUAAUUCACACAAUAUAAUAGCUACAAUGACAUCUCGGCAAUUCCAAGUUAUGCUGGAUGUGUUGACAAACCUUCUCUUUGCAAGGCUUCCAAAGCCUAGGAAAAGUAGUCUCCAAUGUCCCACUGAAGAUGAAGAUGUUGAAGAGGAGGCUGAUGAGGUAGUUCCAUACGGAGUUGAAGAAGUAGAACUUGCAAAAAUCAACCUUGAAGAGAAAGAGCGAGAACGAAAGUUGCUUCUUGAUGAUAUUAGAAAAUUGUCACAUUGUUCUGACAAUACGGAUGACACACAUAUGGAAAGGGAAGGUGAAUUGUGGAUGAUUAGUACCAGAAGAUCCAUUCUGGUGCAAGGAUUAAAAAAAGAGCUCACAUAUGCACAAAAGUCUAGAAAGGCGGCUUCUGCAUCUUUAAGAAUGGCGUUGCAAAAGGCUGCACAGCUGCGAAUAAUGGAGAAGGAGAAGAACAAAAGCCCAUCAUAUGCUAUGUGUAUUUCCUUGCAAAUAAAUAAGGUUGUUUGGAGCAUGCUUGUAGAUGGUAAAUCCUUUGCUGAGGCAGAGAUAAAUGACUUGAUAUAUGACUUUGAUCGGGACUACAAAGACAUUGGUGUUGCUCGAUUCACCACCAAGUACUUUGUUGUUAGGAACUGUCUACCCAACGCAAAGUCAGAUAUGCUCUUAUCAGCAUGGAAUCCUCCACCUGAAUGGGGAAAGAAAGUUAUGCUACGUGUGGAUGCAAAGCAGGGAGCGCCAAAAGAUGGCCAUUAUCCACUUGAGCUUUUCCAUGUGGAGAUUUAUCCUCUCAGAAUCCAUUUGACAGAGACAAUGUACAGAAUGAUGUGGGAGUAUUUCUUCCCAGAGGAAGAGCAGGAUUCACAAAGGCGACAGGAAGUUUGGAAAAUUUCGACGACAGCUGGUUCAAAACGUGUAAAAAAAGGGUUGGCAGGUCAUGAAUCUUCUGGAACAACUAGCCACGCCUUAAGGGAUGUUGAAGCAUCUCGAGUUAGUUCUGCAGCUCUCUCUUCUACUGCGAUUGUGCAGUCACAAACCAAUGCAGACUCUGUCCAAAAACCCAAUAUCCUAAGCCUCAGAUCAAGCACUGGUGGUUCAGCUCAGGAGUUGAGAAGAACAUCUUCUUUCGAUAGGAGCUGGGAAGAAAAUGUGGCAGAAUCCGUAGCUAAUGAACUCGUUCUACAGGCUCACUCUUGCACAGUGUCAUCUUCCAUUGAACAACAGGAGGAUUCCUCUAAACAGAAGGCCAAAGAGAUGAAAACUGUCAAGUCUGGCCGCUCUUCUCAUGAAGAAAAGAAGGCUGGGAAAUCACACGAGGAGAAGAAAUCUAGGCCUAGAAAGAUGAUGGAGUUUCACAAUAUUAAAAUUAGUCAGGUGGAGCUUCUAGUUACCUAUGAGGGCUCAAGAUUUGUUGUUAACGACCUCAAAUUGUUGAUGGAUACAUUUCAUCGUGUUGAGUUUACCGGGACUUGGAGAAGGCUUUUUUCCCGAGUUAAGAAGCACAUCAUUUGGGGAGUAUUGAAGUCAGUUACUGGAAUGCAGGGGAAGAAAUUCAAAGACAAGUCACAUAACAAUCGCGAGUCUACUGACAAUGACCUGAAUCUAAGUGACAAUGAUCAAACUGGGAAACCUGAUCAACAACAAGUCACAUGGUUCAAGCGUCAAAGUGAUGGAGCAGGCGAUGGUUUUGUUACUUCUAUUCGAGGACUAUUCAAUACCCAAAGGCGCAAGGCUAAAGCAUUCGUCUUGAGAACUAUGAGAGGUGAAGCAGAGAAUGACUUCCACGGGGAUUGGAGUGACAGUGAUGUAGAAUUCUCUCCUUUUGCUCGGCAACUAACUAUAACAAAAGCUAAGAAACUCAUCAGACGGCACACUAAGAAAUUCCGUCCAAGAUCUCAAAGAGGUUCAACAUCUCAGCAAAGGGAAUCACUUCCAUCAUCUCCAAGAGAGACCACUGCAUUUGAAAGUGGCUAUUCAAGCGGAUCUUCACCAUACGAAGAUUUUCGCGAUUAGAAACACGUUCUGACCAAAUUUUGUUAUCCCGGGUAAUAUAGGAGAAGGAAAAAAAGUAAAUUAAGAGAGAGAGAGACAUCAACAAUAUUGUACAGACGUUGGUAUAUCGGAAUAUAAAUUAAAACCACA